AUGAGAGAUAUAUUCACGAUAUUGAUUGUGUCCUUGGGUCUGUUUCUGUGCGCGGUGGUCAUCGUGGUGUAUUGCUUGGUCAUGGGCAUGCGGCUGUCCGCGGCGCUCCGUGAGGCGGCGGUGGCGGCGGCGGCGGCGGCGGCAGCGGCGGAGGCUGAAGGGGAGGAGGGUGGAGAAAAAGGGUUGACGGCGGAGGAGCUGGAGAGGCUUGAGGAGGGAACGAUGGCGGUGGGCAGCGGGGGAGAGUGCGUGGUGUGCUGGGAGGAGAUGGGGGAGGCGCAGGCGCUGCGGGCGCUGCCGGGUUGCCGCCACGCGUUCCACCGAUCCUGCAUCGACGCCUGGCUCCAGCGCCACCCCAACUGCCCCCUCU